AUGGCAAGAAAGGCGCCUGUCGCAAGGGCGACGGUGCCAACCUAUAAAAUCCUCGGUGAAAUCCCCGUCUCCCAUCGUGUUCCAACUCAUCUUUACACGGGAGUAGCUAUGGCAGACUUAGACAAUCUACCAGAGGGCAGUACGCACUCUGACUUGGAAAAGGACCAGAGAGAGCGUCCAAGAGAAUUGCACCGGGUGAAGUCAACUGGUGUCGAAGAACUCCCCCAGAACCAGGUAUCUUUCCCACUCAGUCUCGAUGGAGAUGAGAAAGAGACCCCGGGCCCAACAGAGGCCCAGUCGCAUAGCUACGAGGUAAAGGAAAUCGCGACGAGUGAAGGAAGCAUCAAGAAAUACAAACUGGUCACUUUCUCCCCGUCGGACUUGGAAAAUCCGAAAAACUUCUCCCCGGCACGCAAGUGGCUCAUUACUAUGACUUUGGCCUGGACGUGCUUUGCUGUGGCUUUCUCUUCUUCCGUGAUCACGCCUGGUAUUGGAGGUGUAGCAGAACGCUUUGGCACCUCGGAAGAGGUGGCUUUGCUUACUAUUACUUUGUUUGUCAUUGGAUUUGGUGUUGGACCUCUGGUUUUUAGCCCACUUUCGGAGCUCUACGGUCGAUGGAUCAUCUAUGUGAGCACUUUUGGGGUCGCUGUCAUCUUCAUGAUCCCCUGUGCCGUCGCGCAAAACAUUCAGACGCUGUUGGUGUGUCGAGCAAUCGAUGGGAUUGCUAUCAGUGUCCCUGUGGCCAAUAUCGGUGGUACUCUAGCGGAUUUAUGGCGACAAGAAGAGCGUGGCGUUCCUAUGGCAGUUUUCAGCGCAGCGCCUUUCCUGGGCCCAAUUUUCGGCCCUCUGAUCGGAGGCUUCACGUAUGAGAACCUCGGUUGGCGUUGGUUGUACUACCUGCAACUUAUCCUGACGGGCUUCCUGUACGCAUGUAUGCUCCUUUUCGUCCCAGAAACAUAUGCACCAACCAUUCUUUCACGACGAGCGAAGAAAUUACGAAAAACUACUGGGGACGACAGCUAUGCGGCUGAGCACGAGCUCAUCCAGCAUUCGUUCAAGCAUAUAGCUCAGGUGUACCUAGCUCGACCCCUGAGGCUGUUGUUCACGGAACCGAUUGUCACUCUCUUUUCUCUCUACGCCGCCGUGCUGUACGGCCUCAUCUACAUGUUCUUUGUUGCGUAUCCCCUCGUGUUCGGCGAAGGCAAAGGAUUUUCAGCGGGUAUUACAGGACUAAUGUUCCUCCCCAUUACUGGCGGCAUCAUGAUCGGAGUUUGCUGUGCUCCUCUCGUCAACCGGCAUUAUUUGUCUCUGCGAGCGAAACAUCAAGGCAUGCCUCCUCCCGAACUGCGAUUGAUUCCGAUGAUAUUCAGUGCCUGGUCUAUACCAAUAGGCAUGUUUAUCUUUGCAUGGACCUCCUAUCCUCGCCUAUCCUGGGUUGGGCCCUGUCUAGCUGGGUUUCCCAUUGGCCUUGGAUUCGUCUUUCUCUACAACGCGCUCAACAAUUACAUUGUGGACUCAUAUCAACAUACUGCUGCUUCUGCGGUCGCCGCAAAAACACUCAUCCGAUCGAUAUGGGGCGCCUGCACUGUUCUUUUUACGAUUCAGAUGUAUGAUAAUCUGGGCUACCAAUGGGCUUCAAGUCUACUUGCUUUCAUCGCGCUAGCUUGUUGCUUGAUCCCUAUCCUCUUAUAUUACCAGGGUCCUGCGAUUCGCAAGCACUCGAAGUUCGCCUAUUCUGGCGAAGAUUGA